AUGCGUCGCGCCCUGUUGGCGCGCCACGGCUUGUCCGAGACCGCGCUAGCGGGCUGCGGGAGGGGGCUUGCGGGCAGGUUGGGAGGCGCGGAAGAGGCGAGGCGAAGGGCGACCUGCUCCGCCAGCCAAACCGCCAGAGGUGCGACUGCCCAAGGCGCGCAGGGUGCCCAGGGCACCAAGCAGAACAAGCAGCCGAAAAACAAGAAUCAGGGGGCAUCUACUUCCAUAGAAGACAUCCGGGGUGUGCGCAUUGGAAAGGCCCAACAACUGCGCGAAGCUGGCCAAGAGCCUUAUGCGUACAGCUUUGACAGAACACACACUGCACAAGAACUCCAGGACAAAUAUGCUUACCUUGGUGCUGGAGAGGGGGCGGAGCUCAAUGAUGAAGUCAGUGUUGCAGGGCGUAUCAUGGCAUCCAGGGUCAUGGGGAAACUUGCAUUUGGGAGCCUGAUGGAUGAGAGUGGAACAAUUCAGCUAUACAUUGAAAAGAAGCAGUUGGAAGACUCACAGCCAGGCGGUUACCAGCAGUUGAAAAAGCUGAUCGAUGUAGGGGACAUCGUGGGAGUCCGUGGCGGUAUAAGGAAGACUGAGCGGGGCGAACUGUCUGUGGUGGCAACCACCCUAGUUGUCUUGUCAAAGUCGUUGCGACCGCUCCCAGACAAGUGGCACGGCCUCACAGAUGUGGAAAAACGGUACAGGCAGCGUUAUCUGGAUCUGAUUAUGAGUCCAACAGUGAGAGAUACCCUCCGAUCGCGAUCGAAGACGUUGUCCAACAUUCGAAGAUUUUUGGAGACAAGGGGCUUCCUUGAGGUGGAGACACCAGUGCUGGAAUCACUUGCUGGAGGAGCUGAUGCAGAGCCGUUUGUCACGUACCACAACGCCCUCUCAAAAACUCUCACGCUCAGAAUUGCAACAGAGCUUCAUCUGAAACGAAUGGUGGUGGGUGGCUUCGAAAAGAUUUUUGAGAUCGGGCGAAUUUUUCGAAAUGAGGGUGUGUCCACACGGCACAAUCCAGAGUUUACAUCAGUGGAGUUGUACCAAGCGUACACAGACUAUGAGGACAUGAUGGAUUUAACAGAGGAGAUGAUUAGGUCCUGUGUACAGGAAGUUCGUGGACAGAUGGAAAUUGAGUACCAGGGACAAAUCCUGGAUUUUUCUGGUCCUUUCCAAAGAGUGUCCAUGGAGGAUGCUGUGGAACAGCACGUUGGCAUCGACCUCAGUGUGUACAAAAACGAAGAGAAUGGAGGACUUGCUGAAGCCAAAGUUGCCCUUCAGAGCUCUCUCAGCGAACACAACAUUGGCACGGAGGGCAUGAACAAAAUAGCUGGGGCGGCCACGCUGGGCCUUUUGAUCAACGAGGUGUUCGAGGAGGUGGUUGAGGCAAGGCUAUGGCAGCCAACUUUUGUUGUGGACCAUCCCCUGGAUAUCUCGCCGCUGGCAAAGCCCCACAGGAGCAAGCCUGGCCUUGCAGAGCGCUUCGAGCUCUUUAUCGCAGGCCGUGAACUAGCGAACAGCUUCUCUGAGCUGACUGAUCCCUUGGAUCAGAGACAAAGGCUUGAGGCUCAAAUGCCUCAACAACGGCAGCAGAAGUUGAGAACGCAGCAGGAAUCAUCGAACGGAUCGGCUGACGGCACGGCCACCAAAGGGCUGGACUACCAAAUUGGCGUUGACGAGGACUUCCUUUUGGCCCUGGAACACGGGAUGCCUCCUACUGGCGGCAUGGGCAUGGGGAUCGACCGUCUUGUCAUGCUACUAACGGACAGCCCGAGCAUACGAGACGUCAUCGUGUUCCCGCUCCUGAAGUAG